AUGCAGGCGCCGCCCGUGCCCGGCGCGCCCCAGGGGGCGCCCAUCGGAGGGCGGGCCUCUGAGGCACUGGGCGAUCAGCUGUACGUGCCCCAAAACAUCAAGAACAACUACGACGUCAUGAACUUCAACAAAAUCUUCGCCUCGCUGCUGGCGGGCGUGUUUGCGGGCAUCUCGGGGAUCACGGGCUACAAGGGAUUCAUUGUCUACCUGCUGGCACACGCCAUCAUGGCCGGCCUGCUGCUUCUCAAGGCCUCGCCGCACCCCCGCCGCUUCUUCCCGUCGCCCACCACGCUGGCGUUCAGCGGCAUCCUGUCGCAAACAGAGAUGCUGACGUUCAUCCUGUUUUGGACGUUAGCAAACAACGUGGUGCAUCUCUUUUGA